AUGCUCUUCGUCUCAUGCGUCGCCCUGAUGUUCGGAGUUCCUGAGGGCCUCCGUCCAGCUGCGGAGAUGCUUGAGGCGCGCAGCGAUGCCUGCUGCUGCAAAGACACCUUCCAGAGGCAUAACAUGCGGAAUGAGAAGAUCACCGAGGCCAUGGACUUACUCACCUGCCAGACGUUGAAGCAAAAAAGGCCCGACCGGCCGUUCUGGUGGCAUGGCGGGGAGGGCCAGUGCUGUUGGACGAGCGAGUGGUUCUGCACGCCCGCCCUUGUGGAUGUGUUUCUGGAUCUCGAUGGGGGUGGCGGCGAGAAGGUCUCGGGCACCUCAGUUCAACGCAAGUGCCCAUCUGCAAGCCCCCGUGGAACGGUGCAGCCCCAUGACACAACCUAUGCAUACAAUCGCAUCAUGGCGGACCUCGAGGGGAAGAUUGCCAAGAUGCUCAUCAAGAAGGCGGCCGACAUUGCAUGGGGGGCGGCAAUUGCACAGUCUGUUGUCGGUGGCGACGUGGCCGAUGCUGUGGGGCACGCAAAAGAUACCCGGGAUGCGAUUGUCUACGGCCGGGGGGGAGCUUUCGAUGGUACCACCCGCCAUGUUUCCCCGGGCCGAAGCCUGGGAUGCAAAGGGGAGGUCCACUACAGCUACGUGGGCGAGAAGACCGGAACGGCCAGGACCCAGGAGAUGUGGAAGGCCCUGGGGGUGAAUGGGCAGAUGAAGUCGGACUGGCUUCACGUUCAGGAGGGCUUGAAUGGCAGCUGCUUCGUAGAAGUCCGGGAUCCCGCGUCCUACCGGCCGGAGCACUGCAUCACAGAUGACCCAGAGAUUGAUGAGCUCUGUGUGGAGAGGGACGAGGGCACCGGUACAAGAGGCUUCUACAUGAAAGCCAACAUGGACCUUUCGAAAGAGGUGAAGCAAACCACCGACCCAACCAGGCUAUACGGGUACGACCCGACGGACCACUACGACGACGCAAACUACGGCGUACGCAUCGAAGAGCCAGAGGUCUGGUUUGACGACCGAAAGAAGAAGUGCUACAAGAUGGGCCAGAUGGAUGCCAUUGAAGUCACCUGCCCGCCCGAGGAAGCAGCGAAAGUCCGGUGCGACCGGAAGAUCCGCUCUUGUUACAACAUGGUCUGCUUCCAGCGGCUUCCCAGCAAGGUCACUGAGAACGGCUUGCUCCUGCUGGCCAUUGAUGACUUGGACAACCAGCUCGUCUGGUCUUUCGAUGCGGAGAACCCUGUCGCCCACGCCGCGUUUAACGCGCUGAAGCACGGCACCACCACGCACUUCAUCAAUGGAGCCAUCUGGGAUCCGCGCAUCAUCAAGGGCUCCAAGACGUCCAACCCGCAGGACACCUUCAUGUACCGGGAUCAGAACGGCAUCCGAUCCUUCUUGCUAGACGACGACGGCUGCGACUGUCACUCUACGCUUUCCAUGGGCCACGGCAUGUGCCACAACACCUGCGUGGAAAGAUGGAGCAACUGCAAGAUCAUGGGGGGCGUGGACAAGCUCUCGGACAAGGCCGACAAGCCAGGACUAGGUGGCCGCUGCGGCCCUGCCAGCGACCAUGGCCUCACGCUGUACUACCAUCAGAUGGCACCCGUGCCCACUUGCGGAGGCACCUCGAAUGGCGCCAUCUGCCGCUUUCCCUUCUACUACAAGGGCAAGCAGUACUUCGAGUGUACCGAGGCAGACUCUGUAGGAAAGCCCUGGUGCUACACCACGGCCGGCAAGAAGAAGUGGGGCAACUGCAGGUGCAACGAGGCCGAGCGGCGUUGCCACACCUUCGUGAACUGGCGGAAGAAGUGGCUGGGGAGCCAUGUGGAGAUCAAGCUGGGCAGCUCUGCCUACGGCGCAGGGGUCGGUUCCUGGCAGAAUUGCCUGACGCUCUGCGAGCGCGCGAAGGAGUGCAAGCAGGUGGUCUUCUACAAUGGCCACUGCUACGGCAUGAGCCAAAGAUCCGACGACGACCAGGAUGGCCGCGGUGGCCAGAACAUCGGCUUCAUCUCGGCGCACUGUUACGAGGAGGGCGACUACGCGAUGGUGCCUACCAAGGCCUGCAAGGGCCUGCCGUACACGUUCGACCGGAAGGCCAAGUGUGACGGCUUCAAGGGCCUUACCCUGGAACAGUGCCAGAAGAAGUGCGCCGACAGCGAGCAGGCUCCCCACUGCCCCAAGAAGACCUGUCGUGGUGCGGUCUUCUACCGGAAUUCUGGGUGGUGCCACCUUUACGAGGCCUGCACCGAGCUCGUUGACAGCAACGCAGCCACUGCGAUUGUGGAGAAGGUCGAGACCGACUGUGCCAACGCUGUCCAGGACCUUCCGGAGCACCAGCGCAGGUACUCCUCCGUCUGGAACAAUGACCGCAUCGGUACCCGCCAUGCCAGUUCCAUGCUGGCUCGGUCCAGGCAUGGAGCGCGCGAAAGAACCUGGCCGGCCAGUUCAUGCAAAUCGACCUUGGACUGGUCGCCACUGUGGCCGGCGUGGUCACGAGGGGCCGCACUGCCUACCAGCAGUGGGUGA